AUGCUCGUCCACUCGGCUCUCGCCUUCGCCUCGGCCUCGGCCCUCCUCGUCGCCGCACACGCCGACCCCCGCCUCGUGCGCCGCGCUCCUGCUCCUGCCGGCGAGCCCUCGACCGCCACCGUCGCCGCUGCCGCCACCAAGACCCACAAGGUCGCAGCCGCAGCCGCCGACUCGACCGUCACCGCCGUCGCGACCACCGACAACGUCCAGAUCAAGGCCGCAGCCCAGUCGGCCCUGCCCUUGACCCAGUACACCUACGCCUACGACCAGGUCCCCUACCAGGUCAACCCGUACCCGUCGGUCCGCGGGCCCCAGUCGGGCUACAACCAGUGCAACUCGACUACCGAGGGCGACGACGCCCUGUGCCAGACCCUCAUCGCCAACGACAUCAAGGACUUUUGCCUGUGGGGCAGCGACCUGACCGGCACCGAGCUCGACACGAUCGGCGACAUCGAGGCCGCCGUCGUCAGCUACUGCACCCAGAAGGGCCACGGCGGGCGCUCCAUCAAGGGCGGCGCCAUCACGGGCGUCCAGGUCCUCAAGACCGAGGCGUACAUCCAGUGGACUGGCUUCAUCGACCAGACGGCGCUGCACCUCACCGCCGACGACUCGGGUGGAGAGCUCGACCCGCACGGCGCAGACCUGCAGGGCGGCCUCGUCUACUCGUCGGGUCUUCCGUCGGGCGACAACAAGACCCUCGAGCAGGCCGUCGAGUGGAACCUCUUCAUCGGCGGCGGCGUCUUCUGCCUCAAGCUGUGCGACCCCGAGUACUACAAGAAGACGGGCACGUUCUUCUGCGAGAACCGCUACGACCGCAUGGGCUGCUCGUACAACAUGCCGGCGUCGUACGUCGACAAGGAGUUCUCGGUGUGCGACUCGGAGCUGCAGGACGUUGUCGGCGUCUACACGGGCACCGACGGCAAGACCUCGACCUACUCGCAGCCGCCUGAGGGCACCGCCCCGAACCCUCCUUACACGCCUCGCGUCCCCAAGUCGUCCAACUGCCAGACGUACGCCUCGACCGACCUGUUCGAAGCCGUGUCGACCUCGGCCGCCUCGUCGUCGGCCUCGGCCUCGGGCGCGUCGAUGACGAGCGGCAGCAUGUCGGCCGGCGCGUCCCAGUCGGCGUCCGGCACGGGCACGGCCGCGAGCCAGGGCGCCGGCGGCAACUCGGGCGCCGUGUCGUCGACCCGCACUGGCAGCGGCGCCUCCAUGUGGCUCGCGUCGUCGGGCUUUGUCGCGCUCGUCGCCGGCGCGCUCGCUGUGCUCGCCUAA